UAACAAAUAUACUAUAAUUUUCACAAGCGAAUGAAUUUUAGUCGAAAAAUGGCGGACCACAAAGAAAGCGGUAGACUCGAUAUACCCGAAGGUAUUGGCAUAUCUUUUGAACAACUCAGGUUCGAUACUGAGGGGAAUUGCUUGCCACCUGCUUAUAUGCCGACCAGCAAUCCAAACGAGAGAGAACAUACAGAGGAGGGCUCCUCAGCGAAAGACCCGCUUAAACCAGGAUCAAAGUCUAAAGUGCGUAGGCGCAUUUUGUUUUUAGAAUUGCCGGUAUUUCUGAUAUUUCUCUCGAUCAUUUUAUCGGACUCAGUUAUGUUGAAUCAAGAACUUUAUCAAACUUGUGUCGCCGUCUAUCACUACAAUGAGACAGAUUGCGAACCACUGCGCGGUAUUAUACCCAAAACUGACGAGGCAAAGAUAAUCGAAAAAAGUAUACAACCUUAUGUUGCCAAGAUUGCUAUGACCAGCUCUAUAUUGUAUAAUGUAUGGCCGGGAGUUCUAGUACUAUUUGUUGGACCCUGGUCAGAUAAGUUCGGACGUCGACCAAUGCUGUUGGCCACCUUUAGCGCUACGUUUCUUGGACAGGUUAUAACAACAAUCUUAGUUAGCUUUUCACAAGUGCUAUCGCUAAAUCCCUGGUUCUAUCUCUUGGCUAGUAUACCGUCUACGCUCGUUGGUGGCGGCUCCGCUAUGCUAACAAUUGUGUUCUGUUAUAUAUCCGAUGUAACAGAUAUGGAAAAUAAAGCAAAGCGAAUGUUCUACAUCAAUAUGUCAAUGGGUUUGGGUGUAGUGAUGGGCAAUAUAGGUAGUAGUUACUUGUUGCGUCUAACAAAUACCACAAUAGUCUGCGCCACAUCCGCAGCACUCGUAUUCAUCGCUUUGAUGUAUGUCUUGUUUUUCAUUGGCGAAAGUUUAGACGUCGAAGAAACCUCCUUUGCGUAUAAAGCAAAACACUUUUUUGAUGUGCGUUUAAUCAAGGAUCUCGUGAAGACUUGUGCGAUACGGCGUCCGGAUUAUGGACGAGCCAUCAUUGCUUGUACAAUUUCAAUUUUGAUUGUGUCAAAUUUCGCUUUUACGGGAGAACUCGGCGUCUUCUAUCUAUUCUUGCGCAACAAAUUCAACACUACCUUGCAAGAGUUUACCUACUACAAUGCUGUUGACAUCACAAUUAAAAUGGUUGGUUGCGGGAUUGCUUUCGGCCUGUUCAGAAAUUUCUUGAAAAUAUCAUUUUCCGCUAUUGCCAUGAUGGGUUUAUUUGGUUGCAUUUUGGACAGUCUAAUUCGUGGUUUAGCUCAGCAGUUCUGGCAAAUGUAUAUGGCCGCAUCCUUUGGACUAAUGGCCGGCAUAACGGGGCCAAUGUUGCAAUCAAUUGUUUCGUUAGCAGUGUCACCAAAUGAAAUUGGCAAAAUUUAUUCAGUGGCAUCAUGUCUGCAAACAUUUUCACCAUUGCUUUCUGCGCCUCUGUAUACAUUCGUCUACAAUGGUACCUUGGACUUUUACCCUGGAUUCUAUAAUUUUAUCAGCACAGGAUUAUACGUGGAGUGCUUCUGCGUUAUGAUACUCAUUUACAUUUUCGAACGACGUGUGAAAAAUAGAGAAACUGAUAGACCUCCAACGGAUAGUCCAACAACUCAAUAGGCAUA